AUGACCUCCAAACCAUCCCUCGAGCAAAUCCAAGCUCUCAAGAACUACACAGCCUGUGACAUCUCCGACGGGCUCCUCAAACUCAAGGUGCCUAAUUGCGGCUUCCUCCCCGACUUAACUCUGAUAACCCCUUCUACCACUCCCUCCGACUCCCAAAUCAUCAUCGCACCCGCCUCCACCGUCCUUUUCGCCCCUAAAAACGCCCCGGAUCUCUCCAGCUACCCGCCCAAAAAUGUGCCUGCCGGGAAGCAUUACGUGGAUCUGACGGAGCCCGAGACCAUCGUCGUGCUCAGCCAACCCAAGGGGCAGAUCUGUGCCGUGCUCGGCGGCAUCAUGGCGCUGCGGAUGCAGAUGCGGAGUGCCCAGGGGGUCGUCGUGCAUGGGCGGGUGCGUGACAUAGCGGAGCUGCGAGAAAGCGGAUUACCUAUCUGGGCGCGCGGCACGUCAAUCACGGGCACGGGCGCAGAGGCGGCGCCGCACGCGCUCCAGGUCCCGCUCGAUCUUGAUGGUACGCUAGUCAGGCCUGGAGACCUGGUCUUCUGCGAUGCUGCGAAUGGCGUGGUUGUGAUUCCGCAGGACAAGGUCUCGGAACUGCUGUCGAUGCUGCCGGGGCUGGUGGAGGCUGAUGAUCGGGUGAAGGAGGAUGUUAGGAAGGGAAUGACGGUCCAGGAAGCAUUUAAGAAGCAUAGGGGUUAA